UAUCGAUUUUCUAUGAGUGUCCCUUUAUAGUCGUUUCAUCUAUUCUCAUCUACGACAAGUUGUUCACUCCGUUGAUUAUUGACAUUCAAUUCAUUGCCAGUUUAUCAGUAGAUCAUUGUGCACUGCAUGAAUGACGAAUAUACUGGCAGGGGUUACAGGACAACAAUAGCACCCGUGAAUCCCAACAACCAUGUGAAUCAGAGCUCAGGACUUCUGUGAGAUUGCCGAUAUAUAUAUUGGGAUCUCAUAAAGCACUGUAGAAUCGCGCCGAUCUCAUCACACUUGCUUCUGCCCACCAUGGCUACACCUCCCGAAGUUACGACCAAGAAUCUCACUGGAAAAUAUGUCAUGAACAAGACAUUGAGCGAUGAUAGUGACGAUAUCCUCAAGCUCCAGGGCGUAUCUUGGUUCAAGCGGCGCGCCAUCUCAAUGUUUACGUUGACGCUUGUGGUAAAACACUAUAGCGAUGAGGGCGGCUUUGAACAUGUAGACAUUGGACAGACUCUAUCUGGCGGUAUCUCGGGCACGAAUGAGAACCGCACUCUUGAUUGGGAGGAACGUGGCCAAAGCAACGAUGUUUUUGGUGCCGUGAUAGGACAAUCAAAGAGAACCAAGGUUGAGGAAGUAGAUGAUGAAUUCUUGAAGACUGGCUGGACGGAAGAUGCAAUUGAAGAUGGUUUGAUCCUUACUGCAACCUGGAGUGAUACUGCAAAAAGUGGCAUGGAGUGGAGAGCAGAACAGACAUGGGGGUUUGAGGUGAUAAAUGACGAGAGGAGAUACGCUAGACAUGUGAAGUUCACAUCAUCGGAUAAGAAGGAUGGUCCGAUCUUCAAACACCUGUAUUAUGAUUACGCCGGACCCAGCUGAAUACCACGGACGUAUAAUAAGGACUACGGCGGAACAGUCUGCUACGAAGACGUUUG